AUGGUACGUGGACGUCGUGGACGCAACGGCGGCAAUGGUGGGGGAAACCGUGCUACCCCUUACGAAGGAGGUCGUGGAAAUCGCAGUCGUCGACGUGCAGGAAAUGCGGAGCCUAAAGGACGUGGGAAGGGCGGUCGUGGACGUGGCGGUCGUCGAGGUGACAAGCCAAAAUCUAAAACAGCCGAGGAAUUAGACGCUGAGAUGGACAGUUACUGGGGAAAGUCAGAAGAGCACGCUUCUAAGAGGCUGGACAAUGACAUGGAUGACUACUGGAAGACGAAGAACGAGUCUGAAGCUAAAGAUGAGAACGAAAAGAAGCUGAGCGCUGGUGAUAGUGACAAAAAAGAAGAGAAAACAAUUGAUGUUAAUCUAGAGCCUGAUUUUUCGGAGGAGUCUGCCAAACAGGAGUAA